UUAAACUAAAUCAAACUAACAGUUUAGUUUACACAUUUCAAACGACUAGAAGGAAUAAUUGCGUGUGUUUUAGUGUUGUGUUAAUUCGAAUUAAAUAAAUAAUUAAUAAAAAAAUUUUACAUAAUAAUUAAAAAUGGCUAAAAUAUUAGCAAGUGUUUUAGUUUUAAGUGUUAUUUGUACUAUUACUCUAGCAGAGCCAGGAGUUCAUACCAUACGUAUACGUUUCCCAGGACCAAGCAGUGAUAAAAUUGUAUUGCCACCCAGACCAGCAAAACAAGAAGUAGCACCUUAUCCACCAGCUGGCUUUAAACCCGAACCGGUCUUUGAAUUGCCAGAACCAACAUAUUUGCCUCCAGCAGAACCAGAACUCACCUAUGGACCUCCUGCUGAUACAUACGGACCUCCAGCAGAAACCUAUGGACCACCAGAACCGGAGUUAACUUAUGGUCCCCCAGCUGAUACAUACGGUCCACCUGACCAAACUUAUGGACCACCUGAUCUUACCUAUGGUCCCCCUGAAAUCGACGACUUCCAGUCCGCUGCUAUUGUCAACGCUCCCUUAACACUUGCAACACAAUUUACUCCACCCCGCCCCAACAAGGCUGUAAAUUUCCGUCCAAUUCGUCCACAAUCUGCUGCCAUUGUAAAUGCUCCCUUGAGACCUGUAAGCCAUUUGACUGUUCCACGCCCGGAACGUGUUGUCGCUUUUCGCCCUAGACGUCCUCAAUCUCAAGCACAACAAUUAUAUCCCAAAACUUAUCUAACACUUCCUCGUGUAGAACGUUUAACUGAAUUCCGCCCCAGACGUGUAAACAAUCAGCAAUCGAAUCGUUUUAGUCGCCCAUUGCCCUCCAGUAUAUUUGGAAACUCGAAUAAUGGUAGUUCGGGCCGUAAAUUACCCACGAAUAUUUUCUCAAAUUAAAUUAUUUUAUUUAGAAAUAAAAUAAUUCUUAUUUGAAAACCUCAUUUAUACAUUUAUAAUUAUGUUUAGAUUGUUUUUGUUACAAUUAUUUGUUGUUAAUAUUAUUAAAGAUUUGUAAUCAUGUUAUGAAAUUGUAAUUAUGUAAUAGUUUAUAUAUAUUAUACUUUCACUUUCUAUAUACAAAUAUAUUUACAAAUGAAAAAGAA